AAUCUCCUCUCCAGAGCUUGACUCCCUGCAGCCUUUGCAGGGAAAUCUGUGCUGGCAGCCCGAGUAUGUCCCGAUUCCCCGCACUCCCCCCAGGAUGUUUGGGAGGAGUUCCCCCUUCCCGGGCACCCGUGGGAUGGGGGGGGGGGGCGAUUGUUCUCCUGCUGUUCCUGUUGCUGCUCCACCCCUGUCCCUGCCCUUUCUGCCGCUGUAGGGUGAGCGGAGAGGCCACGAUGGGAAAGGGGCGAGAGAAGCAAAAAGAGCAGGAUUUCUCCUUCCCAAAGCUUGGGCGGAUGGAGGAGGAGGCUGCGAGGAAGAGGAAGAUGCCUUGGGCCCCCCAGGCAGGCCCCGAGCUGAGGACGGAGAGCCUGGAGGACAAAUCCCCCCGGCAGAGCCUGGUGGGAGAGACCGUUUUGAAGGGCUCCCCAGCGCAGGAAGGCAGCGGGGAGGAAAAGGGCCGGAGAUCCCCCCGCAGGAGGGGCUCCAAAGCCAGCCCAGGGUGCUCUGAGGAGGAAAGAGCCAGCCUGUGCCGGGAAGGCGGCCGGAGCUUGAGGCAGAGCUCUGACCUGGUGGUCCCUGAGCAGCCUCCCAGCAGGGAGAAGCCCUUCAGGUGCUUGGAAUGUGGGAAGAGCUUCAGACAGAGUGCCCACCUCCUCACCCACCAGCACAUCCACACGGGGGAACGUCCCUACACGUGUGGGGAAUGUGGGAAGAGCUUCAGGAACAGCAGCCACCUCUGCACCCACCAGCGCAUCCACACUGGGGAACUGCCCUACACAUGUGGAGAAUGUGGGAAGAGCUUCAAUUACAACUCCAGCCUCCUCGCCCACCAUCGCAUCCACACUGGGGAACGGCCCUACACGUGUGGGGAGUGUGGGAAGAGCUUCAGCCUGAGCUCCAACCUCCUCACCCACCAGCACAUCCACACUGGGGAACGGCCCUACACGUGUGGGGAAUGUGGGAAGAGCUUCAGUGACAACUCCAACCUCCUCGCCCACUGUCGCAUCCACACUGGGGAACGGCCCUACACCUGUGGGGAAUGUGGGAAGAGCUUCCGACAGAGCUCCCACCUCUGUAAACACCAGCGCAUCCACGGUGAACAACCUUUCACAUGUAGGGAAUGUGGGAAGAGCUUCAGUGACAGCUCCACCCUCCGCACCCACCAGCGCAUCCAUACUUGGGAACGUCCCUACAAGUGCUUGGAAUGUGGGAAGGGGUUUCAGACCAGUUCAGAUCUCCUCAGGCAUCAGCGGGCACACACGGGGGAGAGGCCCUUCCGCUGCAACGACUGCGGUAAGAGCUUCAACCGGAACUCUCAUCUUGUCAUCCACCAGCGCAUCCACACCGGAGAGAGGCCCUACAAGUGUGGGGAGUGUGGGAAGAGCUUCACUGACAGCUCUGCCUUCAACAAACACCAACGGACCCACCGGUAAGGGAAGCCCUCUGAAUGCACUGACUGCGCGAAGAGCUU